CCGGGAGCGGGCUGAGCCGUCAGAUCGUGUCCAGGUGGCUUGUGGCUGCGGUCCACCUGUGGGGGUGCCAAAGGCGUCGCGCAGCUUGGCUGUCUUCACCGUUUCCCUCAGGAGUCUGGAGUGUUUUCCCUCAAGGAUGUUAUAAUGAUUGCUGCAUUGACUGCAGGACAGAUGAUUUCUGCACCAUCUCUUCAUUCAGCCAUGUUACCGGACCAGUGGAAGUGGAAAACCCUCGGAGGCCUUCUAGGAAACAGAUUUUAUUUUCUAAGCCUGUGGAUCUCUCAUACCUUGUCUUUUAUCGCCAUGUAUAUUGCGUUAAUUUAUUGGCUUGUGGAUAAAGGCCUUUCACUGUUGGACUUUGCAGUAUUUGGUGUAAUGAUAGUAGGGCUGCAGCUUUCUUCAUUUUAUAUCAAAGCACUUGCAGAUGUGACUGAGAUCGGGGAAUUACUGAGAGGUUCUCAGAUGUUCAGAAUUUGGUUGAAGUGCAAAGCUGCCUGUAAUAUUGUCCUCAUCAAUUGUUUUAUCUUUUCCUGGAUCAUCAUCACUACUCGUUUAGAAGAAGAUGAGGGGAACCAAGGGAACAAGAGGAAAGUGUGUGGUGAUUCCAUCAAGGACGCUUUAAUAGUUGCCUUGCAGUUCGUUGGCCUGAUGUUGCCAUUGGUGAAUGUUAUGAUAAUGGUGUACUUGAUGUACAAGAAGAUUUUUUAUGCAGAAUUGGUGUUCUCUCAAACUUGUAUCUUUAAACUGGUAUUCUCAAUUGGCAUUUCUAUCAGCUCUUUGAUUCCAGGUUUUUACAGCAAGGACACUGUCACAUUUGCUGCAACAAUCACAGUGGUAGUGUUGCUUCCAGUGGUUUUUAUUUCUUUGGUGAUUCUUUGGUACAGAAGUAAGUAUUAUUGUCCACACUUGCAAUUCACUAAAACCAGCAUUGACAGCCUACCUAGAGCUGAGAUGAGCCACCCAGCUCGGCACUGUGAGGUCACCUUCACCACAAAAACUGCGACGGUUCAAGCAGGCCGCUCACUCCCGCCUUCUCAAAGGCGUGAACUGCUGGCCUUGACGGCGACGCCCGGUCCAACAAAACUGGCCACGUCGCCGGAUCUUCUGAACUCAUUUAACACAGCCCGCAGCACCAUGCGGUUCACAGAGGCCCCUGGAGUGUGCGGUCUCGCUAUUUUCACUUACCUCUCUGCUGUUACCGCCGCCCUAACACUGAGGGUGCAUCAGGACAGAGUGAAUGGAACCGCCGGCCAGUCCGUGCUCCUGCCCGUCUCUUACACAGUCCCGGACCCACACGGGUAUCUGCGGAUCACAUGGACCGGAGGCGGGAACGCUAGUGUUUGUAUAGAAUAUACAUGCUUCUCAGGGCAAGAAUGUCACCUCAGUGACAGGAGAUCACACAUCACUGUCUCCGAAACGUGUAAACACCGGGCGCUGCUUUUCCCGGAGAACGCUUCACUGUUACUGAGAGACCUGCAGAUCAACGACAGUGGGAUUUAUGAAUUAUCCAUUAGCGACUCUACGGGGACGGAAAAUGGAAGCUUGGUGUUAACAGUUCGAUUUGAUGGAACAACUUCCCAGGCUACAGACAGGACUCCAGUGAUAAAGGUGAUAAAGAAUGAAGUCAUUAUUCCACCUGUUGUGUUCGCUGCUGCUGUCAUCAUCUUGUGCCUUGUUGUGAAAAUGCAAAGAGUCUGUAAAGGAUCUCACAAACAAAGAGCAGAGGGGCGUAAUUCACAGGAUCAUCGGGAACCACAGGCUGGAGAUGGUGUGCUCUACACUGAAGUCAGUUGGACACAACAGACCAAUGCAAAAAGGAAAAUGCAUACAUCCGAAGAUACAAUUGUGUAUGCUUCUGUGCAUGAAAAUUCAUCAACGGGCUGCCCUGGUGUGUUGUAUACGGAGGUAAAGUCAUCGGGCGUCACAAGAACUGUGAGAAGUAAGAUGCAGAUUCCUCAAGGGAGUACAGAAUAUGCUGAGAUCAAAAGAAUUUAG